GCCAUCACGAGCCGCAUGCUGGCCGGGCUGCGGCAGCACGGCAACUUCCCCCUCCCCGCCCGCGCCGACAUGAACGACGUCCUCGCCGCCCUCGCCCGCGCCGCCGGGUGGACCGUCCACCCCGACGGCACCACCUUCCUCUCCUCUCCCCAGCCCCCUCUCCCUCCCCCGGCCCAAUUCCAGGGUGCUUUCCAGGCCACUUCUCUGGAAACCCCAGUUUUUACCAACUCUCUGAACAGCUAUGCCGUUGGGACGCCAUUAGAUUCCCAGGCUUCAGCCCUACAAACAGAUGAUAGCCUGUCACCGUCGUCAUUGGACUCAGUCGUGGUGGCAGAGCAAUGCAUAAAGAAUGAGAGCUUUGGGAAUUCAAGUUCAGCCAAUUCUUUGAACUGUAUGGGUAGUGAUCAGCUAUUGAGAGCAUCAGCAGUAUGGGCGGGUGAUUACACGAAAACUCCAUAUAUACCAUUGUACGCCUCUUUGUCUAUGGGCAUUAUCAAUUGUUAUUGCCAACUGGUUGAUCCUGAGGCUGUACGUGCUGAACUAAGGCAUCUGAAAUCUUUGAAUGUUGAUGGAGUUAUUGUUGACUGUUGGUGGGGGAUUGUAGAAGCCUGGACUCCUCAAAAGUAUGAAUGGUCUGGCUACAGGGACCUUUUUGGUAUCAUUAAAGAGUUCAAGCUAAAAGUUCAGGUUGUGUUAUCAUUUCAUGGGUCUGGGGAGUGUGGAUCUGGUCCUGUGUUAAUUGCUCUUCCUAGGUGGGUAAUGGAAAUUGCACAAGAGAACCAAGAUAUAUUUUUUACCGAUCGAGAAGGUAGGAGGAAUACAGAAUGCCUCUCCUGGGGAAUUGACAAAGAGCGUGUCCUUCGAGGGAGAACUGGCAUCGAGGUUUAUUUUGAUUUCAUGAGGAGCUUUCAUAUGGAAUUCAGAACCCUAUCUGAAGAGGGUCUUAUUUCUGCUAUUGAGAUUGGAUUGGGUGCUUCUGGAGAGCUAAGAUACCCUUCGUGUUCAGAAAAAAUGGGCUGGAGAUAUCCUGGUAUUGGUGAGUUUCAGUGUUAUGACAGGUAUAUGCAAAAGAACCUACGGCAAUCAGCCUUGACACGGGGGCAUUUGUUUUGGGCCCGUGGGCCUGAUAAUGCUGGCUACUAUAAUUCAAGGUCACACGAGACUGGCUUUUUUUGUGACGGAGGUGAUUAUGACAGCUACUAUGGGCGGUUCUUCCUUAAUUGGUAUUCUGGAAUCCUUAUAGAUCAUGUGGAUCAGGUGCUCUCACUUGCUACUCUUGCAUUUGAUGGAGCAGCAGUUGUGGUGAAGAUCCCCUCCAUCUAUUGGUGGUACAGAACUGCAAGCCAUGCUGCAGAGCUUACUGCAGGAUUCUACAACCCUACAAAUCGAGAUGGAUACUCUCCAGUUUUCAGAAUGCUCAAGAAGCAUUCCAUAAUUCUUAAAGUGGUUUGUUAUGGCCCAGAAUUUACAGUUCAGGAGAAUGAUGAAGCACUUGCUGAUCCAGAAGGUUUAACCUGGCAGGUUAUGAACGCAGCAUGGGAUCAUGGUCUAUCUGUAAGUGUAGAGAGUGCUCUUCCAUGUCUUGACGUGGACAUGUACUCUCGGAUCCUUGACACAGCAAAGCCGAGGAAUGAUCCUGACCGACACCAUCUCUCAUUCUUUGCAUACCGUCAGCGAACUCCAUUCCUUUUGCAGAGAGAUGUGUGCUUCUCAGAGCUUGAGACCUUCGUAAAGUGUAUGCACGGGGAGGCUAUCCAGAACUUUGUAGAUUGAACUUGCUUUGGCGACGCAUUCCCUGUUAUGUUGCAGCUCGCGUUCUGCAAAUUUCCGGAUUCCCUGCGUAGCUAUCACAAGCUUUAACUCAUAUUGCUGAUUGCUGCGUUCCGGCCAUCCCCGCCUUUGCUAUGGGUCAGCUAACCAGAUGGCACUGAAACUGUUGUGCUGGUGGUGGGCAAGGAUUAGCAUCCCUUAUCUGUGGUACAGGGCUGAUAGUUCAGCAAGUUUUUACCGUGGUGUGACCUAGCUUGGGCUAGAAAGAUGGAAAGAAUGGCGAUGUAUAUAUCUAAUAGUACUACACUAUCAUGCUCUAAGAUGCAAAGAAAGCGUCUGAAUUCUCCAUGGUAAGCUGCUCGAUGACAAGUGCUUGCAGUGGGUUUCCGAGGGAUUCCUUGAACUCGCUUUUCCCUUUCUAUUUUCCUUUGAACCUUAUUGGGACAUUUGUAUUUCCGUUAUGAAAGUAAUGGAAAGGGGUUAUGCCCAGCUCAAAAAAAAAUAAAAUCUCCAUGAUGCCGAAACAUCUUUCUAGACUACGACUGAAAUUUGGACUGUCUGAGCUGAGGUUAGGUCUGAAAUGGUUGUUAGUACUCUGGGAGCUUGUAUAUAGUAUUUUGUUGAUCCUAA